CCAUUUCCUUCACCUUCUUCCUUACCCCCUCAAAAAACCCUUUCUACUCUUUCCCCAUUUUCCACAAAUCUCUUCCAUCGUUCUUGAACUAAUUCUUUCACCUCCGAAAUGGGGAAGAGGAAGGGUUCAUCGACGCCGGCAGCUUCGAGGGAGAAAUCUAGGGCUUCUUCUUCUUCUUCGGUAGAGAAGAAGUCGAAGCGACAAAGGAUGAAAGUUGAGUCGGUUCCGGCAAAUGUGGAUAGUGAUUUCAUGGAGGAGCCGGACGUGGUGGUUGUGUCGGAUGACAAUGAACGGGAGGAUGGAGGUGAGGUCGAGGAGAGAGCUCGCCUAUGUCGCCGGCUGAGAGGAAGACAAAAAGGCGCGUUCUUGCGGAAAAUGAGGAGGAAGGUGAUUUUCGGUUUCUUGGUGAGCCUGUUGCUGACAAGGAGGCUCGUUGUCGGUGGCCUCAUCGAUAUGCAGUCAAGCAAAAGAGGAAACAAAAUGCAGUUUUAAAAGACUCAAAAGGUGAGGAUGACUCUGAAGAAUUUAUCGAUGCUAAAAGACACUUCACUCAAGCAGAAGUUGAUGGGCAGAUUUUUAACUUGGAAGAUGAUGCUUAUGUACAGGCUGAAGUAGGCAAAAGAAAUUACAUCUGCAAAAUAGUGGAGAUGUUUGAGGGAACUGAUGGCAUGCCGUAUUUCACUGCUCAGUGGUUUUACAGGGCCGAGGAUACUAUCAUUACAGAAUGUCAUGAAUUUAUAGACGAAAAGCGAGUAUUCUUUUCUGAAGUCAAGAAUGACAAUCCUUUGGACUGUCUGGUUAAGAGACUUAGGAUCGCCCGGCUGCCGCCAAAUAUGGAUUUGGAAUGCAAGGAUGCUGCAAAAUCAAAUUGUGACUAUUAUUAUGACAUGAUGUUCUUAGAGCCUCACUGCACGUUUAUCAGCUUGCCGCCUGAGAAUAAUGGAGCUGGAAGUGACUCUGGCUCUACAAUAUCGAGUGAAGCUGAUGCUACUGGAGCAGUGGCUAGUGGUGUAGAGGUCUCCCAAGAAGCAAACCACUUGGAGAUGAGGCUACUGGACCUGUAUUCAGGCUGUGGGGCAAUGUCCACUGGACUUUGCCUGGGAGCUUAUAGCACUGGUGUUAAACUUGUUACCAAAUGGGCAGUUGAUGUAAACAAGUAUGCAUGUGAAAGUCUAAAAUGGAACCAUCCGGAGACUGAGGUACGAAAUGAAUCUGCCGAGAACUUUUUGCUUUUGAUUAAGGAGUGGGAGAGGCUUUGUGUCUCCUAUGCAUUAGUAGAAAGCAAUGUUCUACCACAUCCGUAUGUUAGCUCGUCAAAUGAGCAAGUAGAUGAAGUUGGUGGAGAUGAUGAAGAUGACGAUGUUGAUGAUAGUGAUGGUAAUAGUUCUGAAGUUUUUGAUGUCAAAGAGGUAUUGGCUAUGUGCUAUGGGGAUCCAAAAGAGAGUGGUGCUGUUGGUCUUUACUGUAAGAUUCGCUGGAAAGGUUAUGGACCAGAUGAUGAUACAUGGGAGCCUAUAGACGGUUUAAGUGAUUGUCAAGAGAAGGUGAAGGAAUUCGUCACUAAAGGUUACAAAAGAAAGAUUUUGCCUUUGCCUGGAAAUGUCGAUGUUAUAUGUGGGGGCCCUCCUUGCCAAGGAAUAAGUGGGUUUAACCGAUUUCGGAAUACAGACCAACCAUUACAAGAUGAAAAAAAUAAGCAGCUUGCCGUCUUCAUGGAUAUUGUGGCUUUUCUAAAGCCUAGAUUUGUGUUGAUGGAAAAUGUUGUUGAUUUGAUUAAGUUUUCCAAAGGGUAUCUUGGGAGGUAUGCUUUUGCUCGGCUUCUUGCUAUGAACUAUCAAGCACGACUUGGAAUGAUGGCUGCUGGUGCUUAUGGUCUCCCACAGUUUAGAAUGCGUGUCUUUAUGUGGGGUGCUGUUCCUAAAGAGAAGUUGCCUCAGUACCCAUUGCCUACCCAUGAUGUCGUUGUGAGAGGGGUUGUUCCCAAGGAAUUUGAGUCCAAUACUGUAGCUUAUGAAGAAGGUUCAAAAGUUGAAUUGGAGAAGGAGCUUUUUCUUGAAGAUGCUAUUUCUGAUCUUCCACCGGUUGAAAAUGACGAGCCACGAGAUGAAAUGCCAUAUGGUGGUGCGUCCAAGACUGAAUUUCAAAACUUCAUCAGAUUGAGGAAAGAUGAAAUGCCAGGUAGUCUAGGCUUUGGAUUAGAAGUAGCUCCACAUUUGCUGUAUGACCAUAGGCCGCUCCAACUAAAUAGGGAUGAUUAUAGUCGGGUGUGUCAGAUUCCCAAGAAGAAGGGUGCAAACUUUAGAGAUUUGCCUGGUGUAAGAGUCCGUGCUGAUAACAAGGUGGAAUGGGAUCCAGAUAUAGAGCGUGUCUAUCUGCCCUCAGGAAACCUUUGGUACCUGAUUAUGCUAUGACUUUUGUUGGUGGAUCUUCA